AUUCGACGAUUCCCCACCUCAUUCCAGUUUGAGUGGUAGUGGUAUAGUGCAUGUGAACAAGUGAUAAUUGAAUUCCUUAAACAAUGGAAGAAUUUGUGUACGAAGAUUUACAAAAUUUGUGUAGGUUGUGUUUUUCGAAGACUUCGUUAGUGAGUAUUUUCGAUCAUCGAUUAGAAUCGACGGAAAACAUGGCAGAAGUGAUUGAGGUUACAACAGGAGUCAAGAUAUCACCCACAGACGAAAUAUCUCACAUGCUCUGUAACAAGUGCUCCCACCUUACAAUUCAGAUGUUCAAAUUCAGAACUACCUCCAUGCUCAACGACAUUGAUUUGAGGGAGAAAGCAGCAAUACAGAAGACGGUUCAUAAGUCAAUGAAAGAACUGUUUCAGAUAUAUCCAAAUUUGAUAGUUCCUUCUUCGGUCAUACAGCGCGAUGUCUUACCGUCUGUUACAUUAGAAAAUAAUAUUAAAAAUUAUCUGGACAAAUCUAAGAGUAAAUUGUUGAAGAUGAAGAUAUCUAGGAAUGUACCGCUUGAGCCUUCGGUGGAGGAUAAAGCCAUUGAAUUUGAAGCCACCGAGUCAUGUUCUAUCGAAGAGCCCAGAUCUGUAGCAACAGAUAUCGUCGCUGACGUGAAUUUCACAGAAACCUUGCAAGUUAAAGAAAAUCCACCGACUUCUACUGCCGAAAAAAGAACCACGAAUCCCUCUUGGGAAACCGAACACCCACAUCGAAAAAAAUCGAAAAGAGAAGAUACGGAACAUAAAAAUAAAGGAGAUUCAUUGUUUACCGUGAAACCAAACUAUAAAACUCUCCAUAUAUGCGAUUUGUGCAAUCAUGUCUUAUAUAACGUCAGGGAACUUAAAAGGCACAAAAAUUUGCAUAUGCGUUGUAGCUUAUGCAGAACAUCAUUCAGCUCCAUGGAAAAAACCAAAGAACAUCAAAAAGACUGUUCAGUGAAGAAAAUCAUGAGUAACAUGCCAAAGUUGGAGAUCGAACGCUGUGACCAAAUUCCAGAGUUGCGCGAAAAAUACCCUGACGCUUUUCGGGACCAGGACGUCAUUGAAAUUUCGGAAGACGAAGAAGAAGUCUCAACUAACGACAGGAAUCCUCGAACCGAGCCUAAGCCCCAAAACGAGAAGAAAUAUUACAGAAGCUUAAAAGUGUUCGUGAAAAAUUCAACUUCUACUUUCACUGCCGAAACUUCUGUAAGAAGUCCUUGCUCGAAAAACGCCAAUGAAGGUAUGAAAGGACCAGAAGGACCAAUGAUACAAAAACCCAUUUUCACCUAUUCUAAACAAUUCCGGAAAGCGGAUAAAUGCGAGAAUAAUAAAAGUUGUUCCACCAGUGGCCUAGAACAUGACAAGAAUACGAAAUCUAGCGUACUCCCAUUGACCUUAAGAAAAAACGAUAGUGAUAAUUCCUCGUUGGACAAAUCGAAGAAAAUCGAAUAUUCGAUUAUUCCUCCAGCUACAUCGACGAUAAAUUAUUCCGGAAAACAGACCUGUGGAGGUUCGAAUAAACCCUUCGAGCAUGUUACUGCGGAAAGUGGAAUUGAAAAGGAAAAUGGGGCUGUGAACGCGCAAAAAAAAAUUGAUAGUGAAAAGUGCAAGGAGGUACUACCCGACCCUGGAAAGCUUGUUAUUUCCGAACCCGGUAAAAAGGAGGACCCUACAAAAGUUAAAAUUACGUCCCAAUUCCACGUGCCUGGAAAACUCACGACCCCGAAAAAAUCUUCGAAUUUGGAGAAAUCUAAGGAAAUGCCGUUAUCUACAAACUCCGGACCCAACUCUGAUGUUGGAAGAAUCUCUGAAACUCUCCCGGUUGGCGGUGAAAAAACUUCAAAAUCGGUCAGUUCGGCUGAAAUCGAAAAAGCUAAACGCAAGAGAAAAAGUAUCGAAAAUUCCAGAGAAAUGAAAAAAAUCAAAUCGGCUCAUGUUGCACAAGGAGAAAAUACCACUAAAGCACCUUCCAAUUCAGAACCGAAUCCCGGCAAGAAUCAGAGCCAAACUUCCGAGAAAAAAUCGUUCAGACCAAAGAUAAUAAUCAGCGAUAAAGAUGCUAUCGUCGUGGAUUCAGAGGAAGAAGAAAAUGAUUGUUUGAAGAAUCUGCUAAAACGAUUGAGAAGAGAUGAGAAUAAAGCUAAGAAAACGACACAGACUGAUAUACCUUGCAAUAAUGAUAUUGUCAAGACCAAAGGAAAUGGUUUCUUGUACGAGCUGAAGAAUUUACGGAAUUAUUUAAGUUUCUCUAAUAUUCCAGUGAAUACCACUUUCAGCAAAGUAGCGUCCAUAAAGUACACCUCCGAAGUCUCCUCCCUCAUGAGGAAUCAGAUGAAAUUACAGAAUAAGUCGAUGAAUGUGAACAAAAAGAAGCAGAACACUGUAACUCCAAUGAAAUCGGGUAGUGAAGAUAUGCAAAAGAGUGUUGUAACGAAAAUAAAUGCAGGUUGUGGGAACAGUCAGAACACUACAACUCUAAAAACUUCAAAUGAAAGUUGUGUGGGCAGUCAGAACACUACAACUCCAAAAACUUCAAAUAAAAGUUGUGGGGGCAGUCAGAACACUACAACUGCAAAAACUUCAAAUAAAAGUUGUGGGGGCAGUCAGAACACUACAACCCCAACAAAAUUCGUUCAAGGUAACAAAGAAAAGCAAGUAGAACAAGCUCCAACAAAUUCAAGUGAAUGUAGUAAAAAUAGUAAAAAUAAUCAAACUGUAGAAUGUAAUAUGGAGAAGCUGAACGUUGCUUUGGUGAAUUCAAGCGUAGGUGGCAAAGAGAAGCAGAUCGAUAUGAAUAUUUUAAACCCCACCAUUUCAUGUAGUGGCAAUUUGAUCACUGUCGUACCCAGUAAUACCACCUUACCAACGGUGCACUACGCAAUGAGCAAUACGCAAUUAAAUUCUGUCAAUAUCCAGCCAUCUUUGGGACCAUAUUAUCUAGUAAGCAACUCGAUGACGGUGUUACCAGCCAAUCAAUUACAAUCUAGUGCACAAAUGCCACCUCCGACUACCGUUGUGAAUAAAUCGUUUCCCCAUUCGAAUUAUACACCGUCUACGCAACAUGCAGUCUUCACAACAGGACUACCAUCUAUCAGACCCAAUGUUGUUCAGGCGCAAAGUGGAUCUUCGCGAAUCCAACUGCCAACAGGGGCAUCUUUACCAACUACUUCAACAGUACCUUCAGGAUCUCGGCAGGAUUGUUCCCAACAACUGCCCAUUUUGAGGAAGAUACCAAAGCAGACAAUACGUAUUGUUCAAAGGGAAAGUGUUGUUGGUAAUAAUCUUGUUAAAAUUGCUUCGACCAAAGACGCUAAAACCUGCGAUACUGUAAGACUGAACGAAAAUAAUGAUAGAUUUUCGGCCGCCGAUCAACAAAACAACCAGACUGUGACUGCAGCACCAGAAAAUCCUAAGUACAUUAGGGUUAGGAAUUUGGCGGAACUUAAAUAGUUGUGAAAAGGGAACUGAAUUACAAUAGCUGUAAAAUGACAAUUUACUUUAUAAGUAACCUCCCUAUAUUUGUUGGGAUUAUUGUUUAUUUGUUAAGAAAUAUAUUUUCUAAAUAAG